AUGGCGAAGGUCAUGGACGAGCCUCAGGGGGAGGCUGCGGAACUGCAGGAAUGUUAUCCGAUGGCGAAGAAGGGUUCCCGCGAUGGAAAGGAGUACUUUGGGGAGCUUAGCUGUUGGACAAAGACGAUGGCCACUGCUUCCACCUUUGGAAUCUUCGCAUUCCGAUACUUCAAGACGGGCUACAUGAAGAUCUUCUACACAGACGACUACCCGAGGGCUUCUCUGAGUGUUAUGUCGGCAGCCCUCGUCUUCAGCACCCUGCUGAGCCUCUUUGUGGAGCCGUUGCUGGCGUGGCUCUCGGACAAUACCCGUACCCUCUUUGGCCGUGACUGGGGCCGACGGAAACCCUUUCUUUUUCUGGCUGCGCUCCUGGUGCCGGUCUUCAACGCCUUGUCGUGGGCACCACCAACCGCGCUCUCUUUCGAGGCACAGCAGGAGUCUGAGUCGUGGUAUGCGCUCAGCAGCAAUCAGUACCUGUGCCGCAAGAGGGAUACUCUAGGUAAAGUUCUGGACUUGCUUGCAGACUACUCCGUCUUUGAAUCCGGCGAAGCCAGAAACCAUGUACUCACUCGUUUCAAGCUGGAGCUGCUUAUCUGA